AUGCUCAACGCGCGUUGGGCCGAGACCAUGCGUGGGAGCGUCUCCUUUGUUUAUACGACCAGCAAGGCCGAGGUCUCUCGCCUGAACCCGCCAACACCCCCUCAACCAGACAAACCCGGCCUAGAAGUGGACAUCAGCGACGUUGGUCCAGACGAAGCCCGAUGGUGGGCAGCUGUACUCGCCCCGGGCCAGGGCUGGCUGGCGACUAUGUUGUUGGACGAAGACACUACCUUCGUUGCGCCUUGGUCAGUACAACUUCACUCAGACAACCGCUUUCUGUUAUCAUCAAAGGACUCGCUCUCCCUUGGUGAAGAGGUAACCUGUCCAUCCUUUUCCGAGGCCCUCCGUUUCCUCGAAACUUUCUGUGUGCGCCGAAAUAUCGUGGACCAGAGUCAGGCCGCCCUGGCCGCCGUUCUGCUUUUCCCGACCAUGGGUACUCGCCGCGGGCUGCAGCUGCCAGAGUUCACAACCAACCGCUUAGACCGCCCAACCGGAGUCGACCCUGUCAUUCCGCAGCAUCAGGGCCAAGAUCUCAACUUCGAGUCACGAGAUAGCGGGAUUUACCAGGACGAUGUGCUCGAUAGGCUUAUCACGGUCAGUUGCCACAUCAAAGGAAUCGAACCUAUGUUGUUAAGUGGCUUUUUCGACCCUUCCUUGGAAUGCAACGCUGCUUCUCCUUGGCUCCAGGGCGCACGAGCGGCCAUCGAUGCCGUGGCUGAAGGUAAUCCUCUUGUCAUCGGACGCAUGAUAAUGGACCGACAACCGAUGGUGGCGCCUCUUUGGGUAGGCGCUACAAUCCUCGGGCUUCAAAAGGAUCUCUUGAGACCCGCUACUUAUGGGAUGGCCCUCAUUGACCUCCCCUCUGCCGUAUGGUCUGGGGCGAUACAGUCCUUCAUCCAGCAACCGGUUUCGGACCUCCUCGUGCGAGACGGCCGGGUAACCAGCGCGGAUCAGUGCCGGUUACUCUUCCUCUCUCAGUCAAGAUUACAUAGUCGAGUACCAAUCUGCCAAUGGAGGCCGUUUGGCGGGACACCGCUUGAACACACCGAUAUGGAAGUGCAGGCUCAUGCCAAUUGCAAGGGGCAUGGGCUCCGAUACGACGGGUUUAUAUGGGACCGUGUCGACGGAAAGACAACAUACCACCUGGCCGACAAGGAGAAUACCCACACAUGUCGCAACCCCCCACCCAUAGAACAUACCACAGGCUCAUACCACGUCUCUGUUGACUGUGGGAAAUUCGAUAACGAGAAAGAGAUUGCAUCGGAGAACUCGACGCGGAGCAUCUUCGGUUGGUUGCGUUUUGACGGGUAUGCACCGGAUGAAAAGGAGAUAUGGACACAUGAGUGGUUAGAGCCGUAUGAGUGUGACGAAGAAGAUGAGGAACAGUGCGAGGAGAGUCCUGAAAACACGCAUAAAUCUUCACAUGUGGAAACCUGGAUCUCUGGCUUAGAGUACCAAGAGUCUUUAAUCUCUGCAGGGCCAUAG